AUGCAAUUCCAAUUAGUCACUUUAUUAUCUGUCGCUGCUUACGCUGUCGCUGCCUCUGCUGAAUCAACCUCAGUUGCUAUUGUCAGUGAAGAAUCAACUGUCACUUCAUCAAUCGAAGACUGUGCUUCAACUGUUACCAACUGUCCAGCUAGAUCAUCUUCUGCUCCAGCUGCUCCAACUACCGUUGCUCCAACUAACGGUACCAACGUUACCAACGGUACUGUUAACCCACCACAAGUUACUUCAUACGAAGGUGCUGGUAACGCUUUAUACGCUCAAGCCGGUGUUGCUGCUAUUGCUGGUGUUGCUGCUUUAUUAUUAUAA